AUGCCGAUCGUAGGUCCUCCAGCUCAGGAAGCGACCACUACUUUGGGUUGCACUUUUUCAGUAUGGAUCCCUCGAGGAAUGUUGUUUCCGAUCCCCUUUACAGAUCUUGCCAACGGUACUCGACGCCGGUCUAUAGCCCUGGGUGGUAUGACGAUAGGACCAGAGUUUCCGAACGCCUGUAUCAGUUCCAUCGUAACACCCAUUAGUGCAUGGGCACUUAUCACUCCAACACCUCUUCUCGAUAGUGGCACUCCUACACCAGUGUAUAUGUACACGCCACCCGCAACCCCAAAUCGUACUCCACUUUCUCCAAUAUCAAGCAUCGUGUCAGUAACUGCGGGAAUGGCUUUCGCGGAUCCUGUGGUUGUUGGCUGGCAGGACUAUGAUUUACAGAGCUUUCCGGACGAAUACGCCACUUCAUUAGCACGGAAGAUUGGGAUCGCGCUUCCAUCAAAUACCAAAUCCCCAAGCUCCCAGGUAUCUGACGACCUCGGCACGGGCGCAAAGGCUGGUAUAGGUGUAGGAGUAGCGAUUGGGGUCGCCGCCAUUGUCAUUGUGAUCGUGUUCUUUUUCAUGCAACAGCGACGGAAACAUGAUAGAGCAAGGGUUGAACUCAUGCCUGAAAUGGAAGGCCAAGGUCACAAAGAUAGAGAUCGCAAAUGGUUCUUUGGUGGCAAGUGGAGGAACGAAGUCCAUGCCGAAGCUGUACCAAACGAACUAGACUCAAAACAUGUCGACGCGGUGCCAAAUGAAUUGGAUUCGCGGGCUGUUCACGUAGUACCUGGUUCCCCUGUUGAGUUGGAUGGUUCGAUGCUACAAAGAGAAAUGACGGACUUGAGAAUUUAA